AUGGCGCCCCACGGCAGUUCGACCGCAGGGGGGUGGUUGGCAGUCCCCGUUCCUGAGGUGUCGCCCGCGAUGCGGGACCGAAUCACCACCAGGCACAGAGAGACUGCCCAUCUGGCAGGGAAGAAGUGUGGGAGGGCGACCGUCAGGCCCGGCGUCACGAUGGCUCUCGAUCCCCAGGGGGACCCCCUGCCCUCACCGUUCGACCGGUCCAUGACCAUCACCCUUCACAUAUAUCCACCGGACACCGUCGGGGUCAAAAGUAGCCCAUUUAUGUUCCCGGGUCCCAAAGUGAUUCUGGGGGGUCGGUUUUUGUAUGGGGUGGUCCGUGCACGUGUCGUUUUUCCCAUACAAAGUGGGCCUCCGGACCAGUCCCAAACUCCCGCACUUUCGAUACUUAGUGAAAUUCGACCGCGUUUCGACCGGCCAGCAACGCUCGCUCUCCCGACCACGCUCUGCUGCCCGCUCGUCGCAUCGGCCGCGAGCCGGUUGUCUGGGGCGGCCGGCCAGUCCGCUUCCCGCUGCUGA